AUGGCCAUAGUAACCGAACUCCCCCCGGGCGUCGAUAACGAAAACCUGGACAUGUCCCGCCUGGUCGAGGAAGCCGCCGCCCGAAAUGCCAUCCCCACCCCUGCAAUAACAGCCCCCGGCGUCGCCCUACCCCCCGCCAUAGCCGGAGUGAAAAACACCACAACGGAAGAAUUCCUCAAGGCAAUGAACAAAAUGCCCCUCUUCAUGACAGAGUUGGACGAAUCGAACGAGGACGGCACAGGCGAGAAUUCAGAACUGGAGGCGCUGAAGGCGCUGGCGUACGAGGGGGAACCGCACGAGGUGGCGCAGAACUUCCGCAACCAGGGGAACGACUGCUACCGUGCCAGGGCAUGGCGCGACGCGGUGGAGUACUACACCAAAGCGCUUGCGGUGAAGUGCGGUGUGGCGGAGAUAGAGGAGGCGUGUUACGUUAAUCGUGCCGCUGCGAAUCUCGAAUUGAGUAUAUCCCCACCGCCUCCGGCGCCCUGUGGGUUACUAACAAAGUGCAGAAAACUUCCGUAAAGUAAUAACGGACAGCAAGUCGGCCCUGCAGCUAAACCCGCACAAUACAAAGGCCUGGUACCGCAGCGCACGCGCUCUCCUUGCCCUCGACAAGCUUCCCGAAUCCCUCCAAUGCAUCGACAACGGACUCAGCACCUCCCCCACCAACCAGCCCUUAAUAUCCCUACAAGAGCAAGCCCUCUCCCGCCAAUCCCACCUCUCCGCCCUCGAAACUGCGCGGCAGCAGCGCGUCCAGCGCCAGCUCGCCAUCGAAAAAACCCUCGCAGCGGCACUCGCUACUCGCAAUAUCACGCUAAGGAGGACCCCGCACCCGCCCGACAUGGAGGACGUUCAGGCCCACCUCGAAGACCCGCUGGAUCCGGCCAGUGAAUUGUACUUUCCCGCGAUGUUCUUGUAUCCGUUGCAAGGGCAGUCGGACUUUGUUAAGGCUUUCGCCGUGAGCUCGGAGGUGGGGGCGCAGUUAGGGGUUGUGCUCGCGGAUUUUCCCGAGUGGGAUCACGAGAAGUCCUAUUCCCCGCCCGGGAAAGUGGAGGUUUUCGUCGAGACCAGGACGGGCGGGCUGGUCAGGGUUGGGAAGAAGGCUACGCUGGGGAGUGUGCUGGGGAAUGGUGGGAAGGUGGAGGUCGUGGACGGGCUCGUCAAGUUUUUGAUCGUACCGAAGGGGGAGGUUGGGACCUUUUUGGAGGAUUGGAAGAGGAGGAUGGGGAAGUAG